AUGAUGCAAGUCUGGCUACUCCCUGCAAACUUGACGCUGCCAGCGGAUACGUUAGCCGCGCCAGAGGCGGAUGUGCAGCGAUUAGUGUGGGCUGUAGCCGGAAUUUUCGUUGCCGCUUCUGUCGUGUCGUCCGCACUGCUGAUCCGAGGCCACCUGAACCACUUUACACAGCCGAUUGUUCAGAGCAAGAUUAUCGGGAUUUUAUGGAUUGUGCCGAUUUAUGCGACGGACUCGUGGCUAUCACUGCGGUUCAAGGAUGCGGCAUUAUAUCUGGAUUUAAUGCGCGACUCGUACGAAGGUUACGUGAUCUACUUGUUUCUGGCACUCCUGAUUGCGUACUUGGGAGAAGGCAGUAAUGAACAAGUGAUUCGGACGAUGCGCAGCUUACCAGCUGUGGCCCAUUUAUGGCCUUUCAACAAAUGGCUCCAUCCGAUUGACAUGGGACCGAGUUUUCUGAAAGACUGCAAGAUGGCGACCAUGCAGUUUGUGGUAAUGAAACCCCUGAUGGCGUUUCUAGCAAUUGUGCUGCAGCUCAGUGGACUGUAUGAGCAAGGCAACUUCAGUGCCACGAACGGGUAUUUGUACACGAGUUUGGUCGUCAAUGCUUCCAUCACGUACGCGUUUUACUACCUUGUGCUCUUUUACUUGGCGUUAGGGACGCAGUUGGCGCCGUACAACCCCGUGCCAAAGUUUCUGUGCAUCAAAGCAGUGCUCUUUCUCUCCUUCUGGCAGAGUGUGGUGCUCGCGUUUCUCUCGCGCUUUCAGAUCAUUCACGAGCUUGGGUCGUGGAGUGUGGAAAAUGUCACGACUGGUAUUCAGAACCUGCUCAUCUGCUUCGAGAUGUUCUUUGUUGCGCUGGCACACCAGCAUGCGUUUCCCUAUAACCCGUACGUGCAUGGAGACCCGGCGCUACGAACGAACAUCUUGGCGGAUCACCUGGCUUUGGAAGAUGCCAUGCGCGACUUUAACGAGGUCAUGCCAGUGGUGUUACCGACGCCGUUCAAACCUGGUGCAGCUUCAUUGAAGGCAACGAAGAAAAAGUACGACGACUUAGCCCACUCGGAAGAUCGUAUCGCUUCGGAGACUGUGGGGCUUCUGAGCGCUGAAAGGGCAAUUUCUGAUGCCGGAAGCGAGUCUUCUUUGGGGUCUAGAGAUUCUCGAGGUUCAAGCACGGGAAGGAAACAAAUCUUGCGCGGUUGGAAGCUGUAG